GCGAUCCUUGAGAGCCUGGCAGCUUAGCAUGGGAAGCAUCCUGACUCGAAGGCCAUGGCGCCGGGUAUAGAGGCCAUUUGGGCGCUCCGAUCAGGUGAGAAAGCCGGGGAUGGCAAGAAGGUGCUGACGCUGCCGUCCAACGCGCUGCCAAAGGAGCCGCAGCUGGCGCAGCUGCUCGAAGCGCGGCUGCGACGAUUGCUCGUGGACGCGGCAGCGGAUUGCAGCAGGCCUUGUGUCAGGCAGCCGUUGCCGCCGCUGGAAGCCAGUCAGGCCACCAGGCGGAGCUUGCCCUGCCGCGGCCUGGUGCUCUCAGGUUUCGGCUACACGCAGGAGCGCAUCCAUGCCGUGCUGGAGCCGGUGUGCGAGGUUCGCGACGAGGCAGAGGAGGCAGCGCGCCUUCUGGAGAGACAUAGCCGCCAGAGCUCCCCUGACGGCACAGCAAGCAGGCGGGAAGUGCGAAGCAACUUUUGGCCUUUCCAAACGGGUAGGUCUUUCUGAGGGCACCCUUGUUGGGUGGCUUCAAAGUGAAC